AGACAACUUUAGACCUCAUUAGACAGGCAAACAACAGAAUUUAGUGUUUUCUCCGUUGGAGUCAGGAGAGAUGGCCGAAGCUCGCUGUGCAGUGGAAGAGCCUAGAGUUUCUCAUGUUAUAUCUGAAGAGGAACAAAAACGCGAUAUAUUUCAAGAAUGGAAACGCUCUAUUGCACGUCGUUUUUACAGAACACGAAAUUUGAUCAACAAUGGUUUGUGGCCAACUUCCCUGUACAACUUGGGCGUUGUAGUUAUAAUAAUGAGCUGCUGUAUGAUCUGGGACUGGGACUUCUGUAAGGGACUGACCUCCCGACUCUGGACCCUGGCCGAUACACUGUCUAUACCAGAAGGGUUUCCUGUAAUUAUCCGAGUAUUCCUGACGAGUUCUUUGGCUGGCUUCCUCUUCUUUGUUGCCCUGUUGUACAUACGUAGAUUCAUCCUGCGUUCUCUGCUGUCGUAUUCAGGAUGGAUAUAUGAACAGCCUAAGACCCAAUCAUUGACCACUAUAUUGUGGGGCCUAGCUGUGCGCUGUGUGUUUGGAUAUCAUCCACUUCUCUACAGUUGUCAGCAGUCCCUACCUAGAAUGAACGUGCCAUCUCUCAGCCAGACUCUCGACACACUCAUGCUCUCACUGAAACCACUGUAUGGCGAGGACACAGAAAAAUGGCAGAAAAUUGCAAAGGAUCGUCAGGAUUUCGAAAAAAAUAUCGGCCCAAAGUUGCAACGAGUUUUGGUCCUGAAAUCCUGGUGGGCCCAGAACUAUGUCACUGACUGGUGGGAGAAGUAUGUGUACCUGAAGAGUCGCAGUACUUUACUGAUCAACAGUAACUACUAUAUCAUGGACCAAAGUUACUGGAUCGGGUCGAGACUACAGGUGGCCAGGACAGCCAAUGUUAUGUACCAGUUCUUGACCUUCAAGCAGCUUAUUGACCACGAACGUCUUGAGCCACUGGUCAUCAGGAAUACAAUACCAAUCUGUAUGGCACAGUACGAAAAGGUUUUCUCAACAACAAGAAUUCCUGGAGAGGAUUGUGACUCUUGGUUACAUUGUGAUUCAUCAGAGUCCAAGCACGUGGCUGUCCUGAGGAAGGGGAUCAUAUACAAGGUUGGCGUGUUUGAUAAGAAAGGGAAGCUACUCACACCUCUACAGUUAGAAAAACAACUGGAGUGGGUCAUAGAGGACGCAGAUACACAAACAGACAACACAAGUGAAGCAGAAAAGAGUAUUCCUGCCCUGACAGGGAUAGACAGGACGUCCUGGUAUAAAAUCCGCUCCGAGUACUUCUCUGAUGGCAUCAACAAGGAAUCUUUAGAUACGGUGGAGAAGGCUAUUUUCUUUGUGAAUCUCCAUGACUUUUCGUAUGAAGACCUGACAGAACGGGGUCGACUUCUGCUGGGCGGUACCAGUAAGUCGGUUUGGUUUGACAAGUCCAUCAACAUCAUCACCUUUCCUAACGGACGAUUUGGACUCAACUGUGAACAUUCCUAUGCGGACGCCCCAGUGAUCGGUCACCUGUCUGAGUUCAAUAUGACCAAUGAGAUCUCUGAUGACCCAUACAUGCCCGACGGCCAUUGCAAACCACAGCCGGAGGAUGGAACCUUCCAGGAGAGGACCACACCCUCAUCACUCCUGUGGGAUGUGGAGGGAUCGCUAGCAUCCGUCAUCAAAGGAGCUGUGGGCACAGUCACCAAGGCAAUAGAUGACCUUGACCUUUGUGUAAGGGACCAUGAUUCCUAUGGUAAAGGAUUCAUGAAAAUGUGCAAGGUCAGUCCAGAUGCAUACAUCCAGAUGGCGCUACAAAUUACCUAUCACAAGAAUGCUGGGAAGUUUGCUCUGACUUACGAGUCCUCCAUGACACGAUUUUACCUCAAUGGUCGCACAGAGACUGUAAGGUCAUUGACAUGUGAAUCUGCGGAAUUUGUGAGAGCAUUUAACAAUCCAUCAAUAUCUAAGGAGGAGAAACUGGAGAUGUUCAGAAAGGCAUGUACAGUUCAUCAGAAAAUGUAUCGGGAUGCCAUGACAGGCCAGGCCAGCGAUCGACAUCUCUUCGCCCUUUAUGUUGUCAGCAAGGGACUGGGAUAUGAGUGUGACUUCCUGAAGAAUGCAUUAACAAUUCCAUGGACACUCUCCACUAGUCAGCAGCCGCAACAACAGAUAGCCCGAAGUCCAGACUGUAAUCUACCUGAGUUCAAGGAUAUGCUGUGUCCAGGAGGAGGUUUUGGUCCCGUAUCAGACGAUGGUUAUGGUGUAUCCUACAUGAUACCAGGGGACAAAAAAGUGUUUUUUCAUGUUUCUGCCAAGAACUCUACACCAGGAACAAGCGCCAGAAAAUUCAUGGACCAACUCUUUGAAACUCUCCACGAAAUGCGGGAAAUGUUUUCUGACAAAAACGGACUAUCAUCAUGAUGUCAACUUUGAACAUGUAGGAACAAGAUAUAUCUUUUUUAACUAAUUAUGAACUUUUUGAAGCAUUUUUAAUUGGUAUGCACUCAUAGACAAUACUAUUGAUAACUUUAUAUCUGUUUCUAACAUCAAUUGAUAUUAAUCAUGGUUUUAAUUUUAUGUAUCUUUUAAUUUAUGCCACUAUAAAUAUUGACCUUAACAUUAUGAAAAUACAUUAAUUUUUAUUUUAAACAAAAAUAAGUUUUAAAACCUAGAUCAAUCACUCUUAUAGUCCAGGAUGAUAUAUUGUAGGGAUCUGAAUGUGUAAAGUUAACUGGUGUCCCCAGGGGAGUUAAUGUAGUCAAGCAGGUGACCCUAAGUCAUUUCAACCCUCAUGGUCUCUGUGUUAAACCUAUGAGAUACCCACUACCCGACCACAAGACAACCAUAUUCAUAUAACAUGACAUCUUUUAAAACAAAUUAUGAUUUAAAUUAUAUAUACAUUGAAUUGUGAUUUAUUAUUAUGCAUAUUGUACAAUUUUAAUACCUUUUUCACUGUCAUGCUGGGAGGUUUUAUAAACAUGGCUUAAUGUAGGUAGGAUAUUUUUUUUGAAGAUGAACAUCAUUAUGUUAUAGGCAGUGAGGUAAUGAAAAGAACCUCGGAGUUAUCCUGAGUAUUCGACAAAAUAACUUUAUAUAGAAUUGUUACUGUCGGAUCUGAAGUUUUUAUCAGAGUUCAGGAUAACGAAGUUUGACUGUAUAUUUACUGAUAUUCUAUAAUGUCAGUGUCACAGUAACCCCAUACAUGUACCAUAUCGCUGUGUCCUCUAGUCCAUGUUUGGGGAUGUUUGUCCGAGACAACCAUGACAAAUCUUCGGGUUGGGCCAGGCUAGGUAUAGGAGAAAACUUAUUUUGGGGUCACCUCCAAAUAUUAUGUCAUACAAAGAAAACGAGAUCCAACAAUCUGUAUAGGUAGUUCUGUACGUACGGUAGGAUGGAUUCCAAAUAGAAUACACGAGUCCGGUACAUGAAACAUUUGACCGAUAAGUACAGACAACCAGACAACAUCCAUUGGUACAGGUGUUGUCUGGCAGAACUUAUUAUUAAAUAUCAUGAUAGUUUUUAUGUUCCUCAAUUGAUGCUCACAGUAUCCUUGAAAUAUUCAGAAUAAAUUUCAUUUUGUAUUCCCAAGUUGAAAGCAUUUUAACUUGCACUGUCAACUUUAAAUAAGGUUGAACAAUAAAAAGAAAACGAGUUUAGAAAAUCUGUAGACGUAGAAUUUAGUCUUAAAGGUUGAAAAGCAAGCGAGCAAUGUAAUGUCUAUUUUUUCCAAAGAUUCUUUCAUAUUUAUUGAGUCAGUUUAGUGACGCAGUCCAUUUCUGUUUUUGUAAAAAUAUUGAUAUCUAUUGGCUACAUGUAAUUGAUGAGAUUCGUCCCUGAAAGUGAGUUGUUAGAUAUACUGUAACAGUUGCUAUUUUUUAAGUGUUCUAUAUAUCGCUAAAGUAGAUUGACGAUACCUUGAAAAGAUUUCAGGAUUUUAGAAAAAAAUAUAUUUUUGCAGCAAACUACUUGGAAAAUGAUGAAUAUUUUAAUUAUUGAAAAAAUCCAUCUUGAUGGUAACUGAGUGUAUUGUAUGUAAGAAACAGAUAUACAGUAAUAUAUAUGCUUUCAGAACAAAACAAGUAGGGGCCAGCUAUCUCACUCACCAACAAUAACAUGUAUUUUGUGACCGUAACAAUAUAAUUCCUUAUUUAAUAUAUGUAUUCGUUAACAAUCAGGAACUUUUGUAGUUAAGGGAACAGGGGUUGUUCCGUGGAGGAUGGAAAACCCAAUGUGAUAGGAUUUUAAUUGUACACACAUUUUCCUAGUAUCCCACGUUAUAUGUGUCAAAUCGGGAUUAUUUUUUAUUUAGUUUAUUGAUAUUUUAUUAUUUUUAUUAUUUUUGUGUCGUUUUAUUUUUGCUUGAUGUACUUCUGAACUUGAUAGAGUGUCUUUGUAAUAUAUAUAUCACAACUCAGCGUAUGACAUGCAGUUUCUGAUUCACUUUUUUUAAUGUAUUUUACUUUUGUUGACGAAAAGUAAGAUUCAAUACUUUAUAGAUAUUUAUAUCUAAAUUUAAUCACAGUUUGCAGUCGGUUUGUUCUGUAUUUAGUUAACACAGAAAUUUCUUCAAAUGAAACAUUUAAGACUUCUCUGCAACAAAGAAAUACAAAUAUUAGUUCCAUUAUCCCAUCUCUUUCAAAGUGUGUGUGUGUUUUUUUUAAUUUAUUCCCGUGUUUUGUGUGUGUGAUAAGCUGUAAAUAAGAUGUCCUUGUAAUUCAGUCAAACCAUACAAAUUAGGUUACAAAAUUGUAAAAAAUAGUGUUAUUAUAUCAUUGGUUUUAUAUAGCUAGAACGUAAUCUAGAUCUCUAUACUUCAACUUAUAAAGUUUUAGCGUAUAUUUAGUAAGUGGUAAAACUAAGAACAUUUUGUGUGAAUGAGUGAACAGGAUUCAUAAAGUUCUUAAUUCUAGUGUUGGAGAAGUAGAUUAGAAAAACACAUUUUGCCCGAUAAUUUGCCAUACAUAAAUUCACAAAAUCAAAAUCAUCCUUAACAGAAGCUGGAUGUGAUUAUAUAUAUAUAUACAUGAAAAUUAGUAAGUACAACAUCUCACGAUAUCAGUAUUAUGUGUCAGGAUUUAGUGUUAAUACUAGUCUGGUGAUGCCAUACCUUUUUACUAAAGUUAUAAUCUUUAUUUACACCUUUUUGCUACUUAUCAUAAAUUAGAGAUGUGUUGGAGAGCAAAAUUCACAGUAUUACACAAGGAAUAUAUAUGGUGUUGUUACAGUAUUGUUUGAAAUUAUUAAUUAUUUACCUUGAUGACACUGGACCUGCAGACCCCAGUUUCAUCUAUUUAGCUUAAGGAAACUCUGUAACAGUAGUGUUUUUGUUCCAUAUGAAAGGAUUACAGAAUGUAAGGAAAGUUUCUAAGCCGAGAUUCUCCCUUCGAAUCAAAUGAUGCUUUGUUAUGGAAAAUGUUUGGUUACAGAAUUUUCUGAUGUUAAGGAAAAUUAACGUAACCAGGGUCUGAUAUUAGUGCGAUGCACAUUAGUAGUUUUAUAUGUGUAAUGCCACAAAGGAAAAUGUUAAAAUACAUGAAAGUGAUAAAUGUUAAUGAAAGUUAUAAGAAAUGGAAUGAUAUCCGGUCAUUGUUUAAAUGUUUGUCAAUUAUAUUCAGCUUCGUUUUGAGCAUAAACGAGUAAGCAUUAUCUGGUUGGUGUUUUUUUUUUUGCGUCAAAAUUGUAUUUUGUUGCUGGUUAUUUUGUUAUCAUCGAGUCAUUAUGAGCUAUACCUGUUUCAGUUUACAGCACUUCAUCCAUGGAAUUCACAACCAUAGGAAAUCGCUCACCGACAGACUUUUAUCAGAGAGAGAAUUAUAUCAGAGAUCACCAGUGUAAGGUGUAAGAUAGCGUAUACACUUUCAAAAUGUUAACUUAGAUAUGUUGGCAAUCUUUUAUCUGUUUACCUCUACUUUGUUUUCAUGUAUUAUUUAUUUCAUUUCAUUUAUUUCUGAAUAUCUGAAAUUUCUGUAUCGUCAAAUCUAGUUUGUGUCAGCCCGGCACAUGUAUUAAUGAUUAACAUACAAACAUCCUGACCCAGAACUUGACUUAAAAAGAUGUGUUGGACAUGAAAGCAGGAGGUCGAUACAUACGAUGUAUAUUGUUAAUACUUCUCCGGUCUGUGUCCAAAGUUCUCGUAGAACAUCCGAUUUGACAGAACAAUCAUAGUGUAAUCAUGAAAUUAUGUAAAUGAGGCUGGAGACUCAGGAAAAUCCAGACGAUCGUAGCAUGUCAUGACUGAGUGCGUGUAAUCAUAUAUUAUCAAUGAUCGAAUGGGCGUGUAUACAGAUUAUAAAUUUUUCGUAUUUGUUGUGCUACCAGACAAUGAUAGCACUCUUGUGAGAACCAAGUCGGAAUGCCUGCCCAUCAGUGACCUACAUCAGCAUUAACCGUUUAAUCAGGUUACCCUUUACACGUUCUAGUCGUAACUUCUUCCUAUACUGAGCUACAUCAGCAUUAAUAUUUAAUAUUUUUGUUCUACUGUUACAUAAUGAUACAUCUUAAUUUGCCUUUCGUUUUGAUACAGACCAUGUGUGAUACAUGGAAGUUAACCAUUGUGGCAUGUAGGCAGUCUCAUUAGACAGAAUAAAGUGACCAAGAGGUUUUGUCUCACAGAAUGUCCAGAUGGAAAUGUUGUAAAUGCAUUAUAUUUGUAUAGAAAUGCUGGAUUUCAUCGAAGAACUCUCAUGAUUCUGAAUGAGAAUGUAAAUUUAAUGUACGAGAAAACAAUGCAAUUACUUUACUUCUGUUUUCAAUCAAUUCUGUUUUAGAUAUGUAUAUACUAACAAUUAUUUAGUGAUAAUAAAGUUCCCUGAAUUAGGGCGAGAGAACCAACGUCCCGGUUCUGAUGACGGCUAGCCUAGCUAGCCGAAACAUGUCAACCUGCUAAUAAAACUACAGAAUCCAGAUGUUGAUACUCCAUCCUCAUUAUUUAUUAAUUAUUUAGUAUGUCAACAGAAGACAGUCCUUCUCUAUUUAUACACCCAUUAUUAAAUGCGAAUACUUUUUGUUCUCAAGCAUUUGAGCAAAUUUGAGAUUAAAAUGUUGACAUUUUUAUGUAGAUUAUACUGAACUCCUAGAUUUAACAUGACUGACAAUGUCAUUUUCCCGAAGCAUAUUGUGUCAAAAUAGUUUCUCUUUUUUCCUCUCGAUACCGAUGUGUGAAUAUUGUUUUAUGUUUGCCAUUUAGUCAGUUUUGUCUUUUUUUAUAUAUUUUGUGGAACAAAGACACGUGUGAUUCAUUUACAGACUAAUAAAGAUAUUCCAACUUUA